AUGUCUGAUGAAAAACACAAAUCUGAACUAACCUCACUUGUUGACGAACUAAUGGCUGAUAUUGAUUCUAAACCACUACACCCAAAAAAUAAAAUCCUCCUCUACAGUCGGUAUGUUUUGGCGAAACUAUCAUGGCAUUUCACCGUUACUGGUCUAUCGAAAACCUGGGUCAUUGAAAAUAUUGAUUCCAACGUGAACAGUUAUAUUCGUAAAUUGCUUGAUAUACCUAUAUCCGGAACGCUGAGCACUGUCUUCCUAACCCGAAACAAAUUUGGUCUCAAUAUUUUCCUUCCAUCUAUAAAAUUCAUCCAAUGCCAAACUGUUCUCCGUAAAGCUCUAAAAAUAUCUCCAAACGUAGCUAUUAACGAACUUUGGAAGUCAACAAGUAACAGCAAAAAUAUCCAGUACGACAUCUAUCACUCGACCAAGCCAGUUCUUAAGGAUUUUCGCUCUGGACAAGAGGAUAGACUGCGUAACCAACUAACAUGCCAAGGAUCCUUCUUCACCAAUAUUACAAAGUUCUCUCUUUCCCAACUGACGAAACUUUGGUCCACAUGUCAAUCGAACCUGCCGAAAAAUAUAUUCAACUUUACUGUACGAUAUAUUAACAAUUCUCUCCCAACGUGGCAAAAUCUUGCAAGAUGGGCUAUAUCGACAACUUCAGACUGCACUUAUUGCCUAGCCCCCGAAACCCUUUUGCACGUUGUAGCAGGUUGUCAAUCAUAUCUGGAACGAUACACAUGGAAACACGAUUCUGUCUUAAACUUUCUUGCGACGAACCUGCCGACUGUCAGCGGAUCAUGUCUUUAUGUGGAUCUCCCAGGAUACAAAAGUCCAUCCAUCAUUACUGGUGACUGUUAUCGUCCUGAUUUGCUGCUGUCAACCUCAACUCCUCAAGUGGAUGUUUAUAUAUCGUGGAACUAA